CCAAACUGCAUCUCCUAUUUCAGAACUUCUGCGAAGUGAGGGACUGUACUCGCCUUAAAUUGCGUUCCUUCUGCAUCGCCCUUUGAACGAGCUUGCAUACGUUAUACUUUCCUUUGUCAUCCUUCCUGAGACCUACCCCGCCUCGGACGCAGCCUCGAACCCGCGAUCCAACACCGAUAGUUUUUGAAGUGGAUUGGACGUUACACGACUUCGGAUUUUGCUGCCAAGGCUCUGGGGAACCCUCUGCAUUGUUUGGUCAGCUCUGAGAAGGAGGGAUUUCAACUUCGCUUCAGGGAACAUCGGGGGGCGGGAUGGAGAGCCAGAGCUCGCCAUCCACCAGUGGCCGAGCCAUGCUUUUUUCAGCAUCCAGGCCGGCUGUGGUGCUUUGUAUACUUCUGCUGUCCUGCGCUCUAGCAUCAGCCCAGUGGGUUGUUGAGACCAACAGCUUCCGCAUCAAAGAGCCAUCCAGUGCAGCGGGAGAGCAUGAUGCGGCUAUUGGAGAUUUUGGAGUGCCUCUUUAUGGCGGAGCCUUGACAGGGGAGAUUGUGUACAUGGAAAACAACAAGCUGGGCUGCAAUGUGUUUGAGCGCCCCUUGGUGCAAACCACGCUGCCAGUCUUCCUGCUGGUGGAGAGAGGAGAUUGCUACUUCAUCGAGAAGGCAUACAAUGCGGAGAAGGCGGGCGCGAAGGCCAUCAUAGUGGCGGACUACAAGGAUGAGCGGCUGCUGACAAUGGCGGUGCCGGAGGAUCGCCCCGAGAUUGCUGCCCUCAAGAAUGACAUCACCAUCCCCACCGCUCUCAUCACCCAGGAGGUCGGCCAGAAGCUGAAGGAUGCCCUGCAUGCCAAGGAGGCCUCCCCAGUCGUGGUGGAGCUCGACUGGAAGGAGUCCGUGCUGCACGAGGACGACAGGGUGGAGUGGGACUUCUGGACCAGCGCCAACGACGGCUGCGGCAACGGCUGUGACCAGCAGACCGACUUCAAGAAGAAGAUGCGCGACACCGCAAUCGCUCUCGAGAAGGACGGCUUUGCCAAGUACACACCGCACUUCAUGACCAGGAAGUGCAGCUAUGAUGCCGACACGCCCGAGUGCACCACCAACUGCAUCCACAGGGGGCGCUACUGCGCGGUGGACUCCAUUAGCGAUGAGUUCAGCGGCAAGUUCAAGGGCUGGCAGGUGGUGGAGGAGAACAAGCGCCAGCUGUGCGUGUACAAGCUGGCCUCUGACAGCAAGGAGCCCUGGAAGUGGUGGGACUAUGCCGCCGGAUUUGCAGAGCAGUGCACCAUGCAGAAUGGCCGCUACGCUGACAGGUCCUGCAUCCGUGCCCAGCUGGACACAGUGGGCAUCAGCGAGGAUGAGGUCAAUCGCUGCAUGGGCGACAGCUCAGCCGACAGCACCCACGACCUCCUGGAGCAGGGCAACGACCAGUGGGGCAACGGCAAGAUCCUGCUGCUGCCCACCAUCAUCGUGAACAAGCACCAGUACCGCGGCCGCCUCGAUGUUCCCUCCGUCCUGCGUGCCCUCUGCGCCGGCUUCUCCGAGACCACCGAGCCCCAGGUGUGCUUGGCAGGGUCGAUGCAGGAGGAUGACUGCAAGUACAGCACGCACGGCUGCUGGACAUCCGGCUCUGGGGACAAGGGCGUCACCGCCUGCAAGGACACCUUCCGCGGCUACGUCUGUCAGUGCCCCCCAGGCUGGAGGGGCGAUGGGACGCACUGCGAGGACAUCGAUGAGUGCGCGGAGGGAACAGCGCAGUGCCAGCAGACCUGCACCAACAACCCCGGCGGCUACGAGUGCAGCUGCCGGGACGGCUUCACCCUGCUGGGCGGCCACUCCAGCACAGGCAUCUGCCUGCCCAUCGACCAGUGCAAGAAGGAUGCGGGCGGCUGCGAGUUUGGCUGCAACAGCCAGGACGGCCAGGCCACCUGCUCCUGCCCGGCGGGGCUGCGGCUGGGUCCGGACGGCAAGAAGUGCGUGGACAUUGACGAGUGCGCGGAGGGCAAGGCGCCAUGCGAGCAGGUGUGUGAAAACCGCGACCCGCGUGACACCGGGCUGCAGUACGUCUGCAAGUGCCGCCCCGGGUUCAGCAUCGACAUCGACAACCAGCACAAAUGCAUCCCCAAGGCGGUGUACAUGGCGAAGCUAGGCCUGAAGAACAACAAGGUGAGCGCGUGGACGGUGGCUGGCAUAAUCACGGCCGCCACGCUGAUCGCCAUCGUGGCCGGCUACGCGGUGCACAAGCUGCGCAUGCGUCACGUCAUGCAGAACGAGAUCCGCGACAUCAUGCGCCAGUACAUGCCACUGGAGGGCAACAACAUUGAUGAGUCACUGCUACCCAACUCAUCGCCCAGGAUCAAGGCUGGCAAGGGACCCGUAAUGCCCGCCGACCCACCAGCCGACAGCAGCGUCUAGUUAGGAUGCUCUUCUUUUAAAUGCCCACGUGCAUACUGGAAAGUAAAGGAUAAAGUGCAGCCAAACAAGAGGACGGUGCUGGGGGAAGUGUGGAGGAGUAUGAAGGAAUAGAGCUGCUCACAUGUGCACCAGAGGCUUUGCCUAAGAUGUGAUGUCCUACGUGCAUGCUGGUGGCAAGCAAGAAAGUGUAUUUUAUAGCGUAGGGCAUUGGACGGCUGUGAAGGUACAGCCGUGUCGAACAAAUGCGAACGUUGUCCUUAUAAACUAGACGGAGUUUUGAAGACUCUCAUGCCAAGCAGAAUUCUCUUGUUUGAAACCCCGUGAAUGCCAUGUGAACGAUGUGAGAGCUUCCUUUUGAACAGCAUCACCAUUUUUGCCUGAAAUGAAAACUGGCUGUGCAGCCUUCUGUAGCAUUAGGUUCCCCUGAAUGACGCAUGACAGGAGUGGCCUCAAGUUGUCACAUGCGCGUGGUGCUUUUGCAGGCAUCCAGUGAAUUGUAGUGAGCUACUAGGAAUGUAAAAUCCAUGUACUGUAUACAUCUGCAAUGGAUACCGGCACUUCUGCUAUGCAUAGCAUCACAGGUCCGUUCACAUCUGAUUGAGCUUGGAGGAACCUCACAGCGCUCUGCAGCUGCUCCUAAUGCGCUUUGAUAUUAUUCCAGCUGCUCUGCAUUGUUUAUUGUCCGGUCACACGAUUUGUUCUGCAGGAAAGUUUUCAACAUGUACAAACAUUUUGAGACGCUCUUUGCAUGCGGUGCUAGCUCUUUUGACACUGCAACUACUCCAAGUCUCUUUAUUGCUGCCUGCGCGGGCUAGCACCCCAAAAAUUUCGCUCAUCGCCUUGCAGAGAGGAAGAGCAUCUCCAAAUUGGUCUGCAAAGCGCCCGUUUUGGCUGAGGUGACUAGGCUUGGCUCGAAAUUGCGGCUCAAGACGCGUCGACUCCCACAAUGGAAUUGAUGACGCCCGUUACUGGUCUCACUCAUUCUCAUCACACCGAUCCCAAGUCUGCCCAUAAGGGAGGACCAUCAGGUCUGCUGGUCUACUAUAUGCCCAGCGCCGGUGAUAGAAGAGUUUGAGAAGAGCCUGUCAUCUUGCUUGAUUGCAGAGCGGCGCAUUCGUCUGGCCGCUGGAUUCAAGAAUCCCUCGUACCCUCUCACAGCAUUUCCCCGCAGGUUGGACUGCUCCAGAUAUCUCGUUUCAAGCUCAUAGAUCUGCUUCUCGAUGGUCCAAAGGUUCUCUUCAAGACGUGAUCUUUUCUGCUCUGCCUCUUGCACAUCUUCAUCUGGCACGCUGGCUACAGGAGGUGCAGAUGUCUUUUUCACUGGGCUACGCGUCUUUGGUGGCGCAGAAGCUUUCUCGGCCUUCUGGGCCUUCUGUUUCUUGACCAUCACAUCGCUUCAUGACACUGAAUCAUCUGAAAAUCCCACGUUUGCCUCGCUCAAGGCUCCAAUCACAGCAUCAAGCCAAAUUCUACACUGCCGCUGUUCGAUCAACCAGCAAAGCUAUGGCAGAUAAUCAACUAAAACAUUUUGGGACAAUAUUUGACCCUCCAAACCGACAAUUAGAUUGUCAACCUUGAGGCUCGGCAAGC